AUGGUAAAAGCCUCCCGCCAUCAAGCCACAAACCGCGGUUCCAUCAUGGCUUAUGCGAGGAGGCUGGAAAUGGCCUUCUUUGCUCUGAGAACACCACAGUGCGUCUUAUCUGUUGCGGAAUCUGUAGAGAAUGCCAGCCGUGCAGGCUCCAUAGGAAAUGAGGAGAUCAAAUGUUAUGAGUUAUAUACCAAGAAUAGUAUUGGCUGCGAUGACUACCUGGGUUCCGAUAAGGUGGUGGACAAAUGUGGAAUCUGUGGAGGGGACAACACAGCUUGCAGGGUGAUCUCGGGAAUCUUCAAGCACAGCCUAACCAAUCUUGGCUACCACAAAAUAGUAGAAAUUCCAGAAGGAGCCACCAAAAUCAACAUCACAGAGAUGUCCAAGAGCAACAAUUACUUGGCACUACGGAGUCGAUCAGGGCGUGCUAUUAUCAAUGGGAAUUGGGCAAUUGAUCGACCUGGGAGAUACGAAGGAGGAGGAACAAUGUUCGUCUACAAACGACCCAACGAGAUCUCAAGUACUGCUGGGGAAUCCUUUUUAGCAGACGGCCCAACCAAUGAAAUCUUGGAUGUCUAUAUGAUUCAUCAACAGCCCAAUCCAGGUAUACAUUAUGAGUACAUUAUUCCGGGUCCCAACACCAUCAGUUCCCAGGUGCCUCUUCAGAGACGGCCAGGGGAGCCAUUGAAUGGCCAACUGGAUGUGACAGAAACCAUGAAUUAUGAGGAGGAAGAUUUGCAUCAGGAGGCAAGCAGUCACCCGAGACAACCGGGGAUGAGUCAGCCUGGAAGGUUUCCUUCCCAAGUCCCAGACAAUCAAGUCCCCGUUGGUCAGCCUCCGCGACGCAGCCGGGAACAUAACUGGAAGCAAAUUGGAAUGACUGAAUGCAGCGCAACUUGUGGGAAAG